CUCGCUUCAGUAUCCAUAGAGUGCAAAGCAUAUGGGACACAUCAAGCAUUUAGUUCUCGCCAAGUUCAAGGAUGGAGCGGCGGUGGAGGAGCUGCUGCAAGGCUUACAGAAUCUUGUCUCGGAGAUCGACGUUAUCAAAUCCUUCGAAUGGGGAGAGGACGUGCUCAAGGACGAGAGGCUCGGCCAAGGCUUCACACAUGCGUUCCUGUUGAGCUUUGGGAGCGCUGAAGACCUUGCCGUCUACAUAAAGCACCCCAGCCAUGUGGAGUACGGGAAGGCAUUCCGUGCAGCCAUUGACAAGGUCUUGGCCAUUGAUUUCCCGGUGGUUGCCAAAGAGAUUAGUGCUGGAAGCAAAAAGUAUGCUUCGAAUUUAUAGUUCCGCAACUAUGAACUCUCAUUUAAGCUUUAACUGUUGUUCAUGCGUCUGCUGUAUCCCAAAAUCAAAGGCUAAGUAUUGAUGAUGAUGAUGGAAUGAUGUAAUAACUGCAAAAGUUAAUCUUCUUUUUAAUAUCAUAAAGGGUCACA